AUGACAGCUUUGCCUUACUCAACUCAGGAUGGGUCAGGGAACUUCCUGCACAUCGAGGUAAAGACAUUGGGCACAGAGGUUGGCGGCAGCAUACAACUGAGCCUCAACACAAGGCAUCGAGACCCUGCAGCAAAGGACCAGAUCACUCACUUCACCAGUGAACUGAAGGUUGGCUUAAAGAAUGAUGGAUUCUUCCAGGCUUUAGAGCCACAAAGUGUAGUGGAACUGAAGGUGACAGGUGAUGCAGAGGCCACAGUGGGGCUAGUGGCUGUGGACAAGGCUGUCUAUGUCUUGACCAGCAAACACAAACUCACUCAGAAGAAGGUCUGGGAUGUGGUGGAGGAACAUGGCAUUGGCUGCACAGCAGGCAGUGGAAAAGACAGACUUGCUGUGUUCAAAGAUGCUAGAUUGGACCUGAAAAUCAGCACAGGGACGAACACUCUGGCAAGCUCAGGGGGGCAUAAGGCCAACUCUGUGAACGUGCCAGAUUCCAUCACCACGUGGCAGUUUGUGGCUGUCAGCCUCAAGACUGGACAAGGUCUCUGUGGCUCGGAUCCCUUUGAGCUGACAGUGAUGAAAUUGUUCUUCGUGGAACUUAAGUUGCCCCCCUCCGUGGUCAGGAACGAGCAGGUCCAGAUCCAGGCCGUGCUGUACAAUUUCAGGGACUUCCAGGUCAAGGUGAAGCCCCAAGCCCUCCCCUCCCCUCCCCCACCAAACCAUCUGCCAGGGGAUCAGAUACAGCUAAUGUCUCACAGCAUCCUCCUAGACCCGCAAGGUCAGACCCAGGUGGAGCUGGUGCCAUGGCGGGACUUUUUGAACAAGGAGCCCAACACGUCAGCGGAAGUGUUCAGCAGCGUCCAAGGCUACAUCCGGGUGCUGACGCACCGCAGCGCAGAUGGCACCUACCACACCUCCAAGGGGAGACCAGGAAGCACCUGGUGA